AUGGCAAUGCUCCGCCUGAUUCCCUACCUACUGCUGCUGUUGCUGGCGCUGCCCGUUGGCACCUUCACACAGACUGUCCAGGGCUGCGGCUCAAGGGCCUUCAUCUAUCACAACGGGGUCCCUGCAAAUUCGAUCGACGUGAUGUUCCGAGAUUCCGAGACAGGGGCAUCUGUUGGUUGGGGUUAUAUUGCCAUGAACUUAAGCGCAUUGACUCUACCAGAGCCCAUCGCGACCGACCAAACGGUACCCGGAACUAUAAAUUUCGCAGUGAAACUGGAAGCAUUUGUCGGAAGCAUUUCGGCUGAUGUUCUAACCGAGUCCAUGUUUCAAUAUGGUUACCCCGGCGGUGGCGCUGAUUGUUCUUCUGACCCUGACACUAAUGGCUACCUGUCAUUCCCCAUGGACGUGCCGCAAAAUGUGGUAUUCGCCUCAACGCUGGACUACAGUAGGCUAAUCACCAACCUUCUGGUACAUCCACUGCUCGGACUCCCGAAAUGUCAGCCAAUUGUACUCUACAUGCGUGCAAAGUUCACAGACAAAAAUAAUUCGUCUCGUUCCGCCUACCUGGCCACGGACUGGGUCUCAGCUGGCAACGCCUCUGACCCGCCGCCCCCUCCUCGCCCACUCAGUCCCCCUCCCCUGCCACCCUCGCCAUCCCCUCCCCCACCACCUUCCCCUUCUCCACCACCACCACCCCGGCCGCCCCCACCGGCACCUAAGGCUCCUAAGUCUCCCCGAGCCCCCAAACCCCCCAAGGCCCCCAAGGCACCCCAGCCCCCACCUCGACCAGCAAACAACCUGCUGGUCAACAAGUUCCCCUUCUCGUCCUGCAGUGCUAGUGACGUCAGCCUCACACCGUACCGGAUGACGUCACCCAUGGGGCCGUUCAACGUAACCGCCACCGCUGUCACCUACUGCUUCCGGAUCUCCGCCUCAGCAACAGUGGACAGCACCAGCCCAUGUGCGAGGAUGGUCAUCAAUGAGCUUCAAAUCGUCAUCGACCCCAGCUGCGUGGAGUCCUUCCCCAACUCCUUCCGAGUAACCACCGUCAACGGUGUGACGGUGUCCCCCAGCUACACCUACAAGACAUGGCGGGAGCAGACGUACGGCGUGAUGACGAUCACGUCCCUGGCGAGCACCUUCCCCAUAACCCCCGCUGGCGGCCUGUAUGUAUGUCUGGCCAUGAGUCGAAACAGCAGGUGUGGCACUCCGGCGGGGCUGUGCUACGGAAACAGCUGUGUGUACUCGCUGCUCAAUGCGGACAACAGCUGCUGUCCUGCCAGCCAGGUGCCGUACUAA